UGAACAUUCGCGAGUCUAGGGUUAGUUUUGGGGGACCGGCGACGUCGUCCACGGCGGCGCUCUGUGUUCGAGUAAUUAGUUUCAGUGGACGGUACGGGAACGUGAUAUGGAAAUUGUAAGCUGGAAUUGCCGAGGCCUCGGUAAUUUGGCGACGGUGCAAGUUUUGAUAGACGUAGUUCAGUCCAAACGACCGGGAGUCCUCUUUCUGAUGGAAACGAAGGUGAACAGGGACAAAUGUGAGGAGUUGAAGACGCAAUUGGGUUUUUGCAGUUGUUUCGCCGUAGACAGUUUCGGACAGAGUGGAGGCCUCUGUUUAAUGUGGCGUGAUGGUAUAGAACUGCAGGUCUGUAACUAUGAAGCCAACUUUAUCGAUAGUUUGGUUAAAUUUGAGACCGAUGACACACAGUGGAGGUUUACAUGAUACCAUGGCUAUCCUGAGAGGAAUAGAAGAAGGGAUUCCUGGGAUUUACUUAAACGUUUGUCUCGUGCAUCAGAUAAACCAUGGCUCCUCAUGGGCGAUUUUAAUGAUAUUCUCUUUGAAAGUGAACGCAGGAGGAGACUGCCCCAGCCGCUAUGGCUUCUCAGAGGCCUCCGGAAGCAGUAAGUAGCAGUGGUCUCACAAAUGUUCCAUUUGAAGGCUAUCAAUGGACUUGGGAGCGGGGCAGAGGUACGCCAAGGUGGAUUGAAGAGAAGUUGGACAGAAUUUUAGCGAAUGAAGAUUCGUUAUCUGUUUGAUAACUAUAAAGCUUGCUCUUUGGAGGGCCCUUCAAGUGACCAUCUCAUGCUACAUAUCAGGCUGGCUAGAAUCAGGGGAGGAAGACGGAAAACUUCUUUUAAAUUUGAAAACAUGUGGUUGCAGGAAGCAGAAUGUAGAGAAGUAGUCCAAAGGGCUUGGAUAAAUUCUCAAAAUCUGGCGGUUUGGCAACGUUUACCGGAGGGGCGGAUCCAGUAAUGAAGUAAUGAAGAGUGAGGUGAGUUUAGCGGGAAAAAAUUGUUAUUGCAAACAAAAAGUUUAGCUUAGGCUGCUUAGGGCCGUAAUCCAAUUGAGUUUUUUUCGAACUACGCGAAUUCGAGCGCGAUUUCAAAUUUAAUUUAGUGAUCUGAGCUUAAGAAGCUUUUUUUAACUCGAACACGAGCUAGAUUUUGAGUUCGAAUAGUUGUUCAAGCUGAGUUCGAGAAUAGUGAUAUUCGGUUUGAUCCGGACUCGAGUCUGUCAAUAACUCGUAAAUUAUAGGAAUAAAUUUUAUUUAUCUUAAUAUUUAAACA